CUGACUUCCGUGCCCCAUCUCUGAGGAAGGACCGAGCCAGAGGACAGUCAGAGGCCGGGGUGGGAUGGGGGGACUGUGACUCUCCGAACCUGCCGUAAGAUUCUGGGCCACCAUUUGAGACGUUUGGGCUUUAAGGGCUCCUUGCCCUCCUACUUGCUGACCUGUAGACCAUGGAAUCCAACCUGCAGGGGACGUUCCUCCUGAACAACACACAGCUGGCCCAGUUCUCGGAAAUGAAGGCUCCCAUGUGCCAGUACUCGGUGCAGAACUCCUUCUACAAGCUCAGCCCUCCGGGACUUGGCCCCCAGCUGGCCGCUGGGACGCCCCAUGGGAUCACAGACAUCCUGAGCAGGCCGGUAGCCACUCCAAACAGCAGCCUCCUCUCUGGCUACCCCCAUGUGGCAGGCUUUGGUGGACUCAGUUCCCAGGGGGUCUACUAUGGCCCCCAGGUGGGGAGUUUUUCCAAGGCUGGGAAUGAGUACCCGACCCGGACCCGGAACUGCUGGGCGGACACAGGCCAGGACUGGCGAGGCGGCGCUCGGCCAUGCAACAACACCCCAGACCCCCUGAGCGACACCAUCCACAAGAAAAAGCACACACGCCCUACCUUCACAGGCCACCAGAUCUUCGCUCUGGAGAAAACCUUCGAGCAGACCAAGUACCUGGCUGGCCCAGAAAGGGCGAGGCUAGCGUACUCACUGGGCAUGACAGAGUCCCAGGUCAAGGUGUGGUUCCAGAACCGCCGUACCAAGUGGAGGAAGAAGAGCGCCCUGGAGCCCUCAUCCUCCACGCCUCGGGCCCCGGGCGGUGCAGGCGGGGACCGCGCGGCCUCGGAGAACGAGGAUGAUGAGUACAACAAGCCGCUGGACCCGGACUCAGACGACGAGAAGAUCCGCCUGCUGUUGCGCAAGCACCGAGCCGCUUUCUCGGUGCUUAGCCUGGGCGCGCACAGCGUCUGAUCCCGGGCCCGCCGCGCAGGCCGGCCUUCCCCUCCCCUUUCCGUGCAGCCAGCUGAGGGCGGGGGGCAGAGAAGAGGAGCGCCGGGGGAGGGGGAGAAAAAGAGGAAAGAAGGAAAAAGAGGAGGAGGAGGGAGCGAAAGUGAUGGAAGGGAAGAAAGGGAUAAUGGUGAGCGCGGCAAGGGAGGAGAUGGUACACCUUUCUGCCGUGUCUCCCUCCCUGGGCCCCUUGCCGGGUCAGUCCUGCGAGAACGUGAGCAGGUGUUUUGCAGCAGGGAACCUGGCUGUGG